AAUGGCUGCUUCGGCGGCAACAGCGAGUUGUUCCCCCGGUUUGUGUCCAAGUUACGCUGUGAUCUGCUCCUUCCUGGAGCGCUACGGAGCGCUGCUGGACUUACCGGAGCUCACCUUCCCGCAGCUGGAGCGCUACCUCCAGGACACAGCCUCAGUUCCAAAGCUCCUGGUGGAUCUUCACGUGAAGCUGCUGAGGAAGAUCGGCAAGUCCGUGUCGGCAGACAGAUGGGAGAAGCAUCUGGUCAAGGUAUGUCAGGAGUUCAACACAACCUGGGCAUGGGAACUCGAAAAAAAAGGGUACAAGGAGAUGACGGUGGAGUGCAAGACGGGGAUCCUUAAAUAUCUGUGUGAAUCCCAGUUUGAUGAAAAUGUUAAGUUCAAAACUGCCAUCAACGAGGAGGAUCCGGAUAAGAUGCGGCUCCAGCCGAUCGGCCGGGACAAAGACGGGCAGAUGUACUGGUUUCAACUGGACCAAGACAACAACGUGCGGGUCUACAUAGAGGAGCAAGAUGACUUGGACGGGUCGUCUUGGAAGUGCAUUGUCAGAGACAGAAAUGACUUGGCCGAGAUCCUGGCUCUGCUGAAGACCCAAAUCGAUCCCGAACUUUUGACAAAGAAAGAACAAGAACCCAAACCUGAGGAUGAAGCUGGAAUUAAAAAGGACGAAAGUACAACAGAUGAGGAUUCCAAAGAUGGUGCUUGUACAGUUUCACCGAAGACGGAGAGCAAUGAUAAACCAGCGCAGAAAGACAUCUCAAAAGAAGACGCCACCGAGGGCAAAUCACCACUGAAUGGCCUCAAAGAUUGCAAAGAUGAAUCAGAGGCUUCCCUCCAAUCAGAAAAGCCCGCUGUAGAGGACAAUGUCAUUACGAAGUCCCAGACUAUUAAAGAGGAGCCGAUGGAGGUGUCGGACGUUAAAACAAGCAACAUAACAGCAAGUGAGCCGGCACCCGUCUCCGACAAAUCUUGUACGUCGCUGAAGGCAGAGCAAGGAGAGGAGGCCAAGAGGAACACGGCAGAGGAGCUCCAGCGGGCGAUGAAGAACGACCAGCAGGCAAAAAUCCCCUUGAAAAAAAGAGGAAUGAAACUUAGCGAGGACUUUGACAAAAGUAAUAGUAGCAGCAUUGUUGUAUAUAAUCCAUCCAUUCCUCAGGUCAAGGAGCCUCCUAAAGUCGUUGAGAUUUCUGAAGAAAGAAAGAAGGAGCAAAGCGUGAAUGAUCACGUUAACGGGGAUUCCCAGCAGGCAGCAGAUAAAGUUUUCCAUAGUCGUUUGUGUGAGUCAAAUAAAGAGACUGAAACACGGAGGAACUCUGUCGAUGGCAAAGAACAGCCGGCUAAACUAAAUGCAGAUCAAAGCAAAGCUGAAGACGUCAGAGAAAAGGAGGUGCCGUCCACAGUCAAGGAUGGCAUAAAAGAUUUAAAAGACGGAGCUGCCGAUAGAGAGAAGUCCAUGGAGGUAGUCACAUCAGAUCAGGCAGAAUUAGAUAAAGGUCUUGACAUGAACGUAGAAAAGGAAAACACUACGGCACCAGAGGGGAAGGAAGCUCCUGUCAAAUGUCCAAAGCCGGAGCCCUCACCUCUAAUAACAGAGUCACCUCCUUUAUCUAAGGAUGUAAAUAAUGUUCUUGUGAAGACACCUGAUCACGAAGAGCAUGGCAAAGUCAACGAAUCCAAAACGAUAGAUACAAAAGUGGCCCCUGCGGUUGCAAAGGCAUCAACGUUAAAAGAAGAUGUUAAAUCUCCGACGUCUGAUGAGACGGAGAACCUAGAUUCAAAUCGUGAUGUUGUAUCCAAAGGGGUUAAGUCAAACGAUUCUGAAAAAUCGGAGGAAAAGCCAAGUUCAGAAGUCAAAGAUGCGUCUGAGUUGAAGCAGACUGGAAAACCAAACAUGGCAGAAAUCGCAGAAAAUGUAGCAGACCCUAAACCCACAGAAACUGCCACUGCUAAAGAAAUGGGGACACCAGAGCCUGUUGCGGAGAAAGCAGAUAACGUAACACCCAAAGAGGUGCCGGAAGUCACUAAAAAAAACAAAGCACCAUCCUCAGAGAGAGAUCCUGCCGAGGAGUCUGGCGAUUCUAAAAAGAUUAUAUCACCAUCAGUCAUUAAAAAGACAGAGAUCCUAAAACACAGUAAUGAUACGGAGAGCCCAGACAAGCCUGAAGACACGCAGAAUUCUUCAGUCAUUAAAAAAGCAGAUUCACCGCUUGACAGUGAACAUCCAGAAGAAAAACUCAACACUAAAGAGGCAGCGGAAUCCUCUGUCAUUAAAAAAGCAGAGAGCCCAGAGUCUUUUAAACCUAACAUGAAGGAUGACAGCCUCAAAGAUACAGAAAUGCCUGCCGCUGUGGAAGAGGAAGCUGUGGCGACUGGUGCAGCCCCUGAGAAAGUCACCAUGGAGGAGAAGGAAAAGCCUACCCUUACAGAAGACACAGAGAAAACUGUCAACUGUAAAGAAGGUGAGACAGAUGAUGCUGAUAAGGGAAACGACUGUACGUCCAGGCCCAUGGAGGUAGAGGAGGUGGCUGGCAAAGACGAUCCGGCGAAGCCACAAGCUGAUGACAAAAAGGAGGAAGCAUCUGACGAGAAAGAUAAACCACCCAGCUCUGUUGAGAAGGAAAAUGUCUCUGAGGAAACAGAGAAAAAAGAGAGAGCCCAAACAGAACAGGAAAAAAUAUCGGAAGAACAGCCUCGCAAAAAUGAGUGCCCAACUACCGUUCAGACACCGAAAGAAGGUGAAAAAGAUGAAAACAAGGAAAGUGCAAAGGAUGUGGACAAAGACGACCCCAAGAAUGAAAGUGAGAAACAUCCGUGUCAAGACGGAGAGAGCAAAGGGGAUUCCACCUCAGAUGAACACUCAAAAACAGACAAAGCAACGGAGGAUGAACAGGCUCCUAAAGGUGGUGAGAUCUCAAGUGAAACGGAGAAAUCUGGACGUCUUAAAGCAAGCAAGGAGCCGGCCAGUGGUAAGCCUAGUGACAAGGAGAGCCAGGGCAAAAGCGAAGAGGGGGAUUCUGCGGCGAAAGAAAAGGAGGCCGACGGUGGCGACGCUCCACCCGAAGCUCAGGAGGAGGGCGUCCGUUUGAAAAGCAAGGUCCUGGCCCACCGAAGGAGAGCCGAACUGCAGAGAGAGGAGAGGCAAGCGGAUUCAGAGUCUGACACCAAUGCGGGGAGGUCGCUGCGAAGGUCACCGAGGAUCUCUAGGCCAACGCCAAAGGCAGUGGAGAUCCAGGACAGGAAGUUGGAGAAAUUACAGGCCGCUCCACUGGUUGAGAAGCACGAAGAUGACAAGGCGGAGAAGGCGGUGGAGGAGGAGGAUGAGGAAGAGCUGAAACCUGUUCAGAAGAAACCAAAAGAGAAAAAGGUUGACCAGGAGGGCCAACCUAAAUCUAAGGGGAGGAAGCGGCGGAAAAUCAGGUGGUCCAACACUCGAACGCGGCGUAAAAAGAAAGGCUCUGACGAUGACGACGACGACAGCGAGGAAGAAUCCAGCGAAGAUGAGGAGAGCGAGGAGGAAGAUGACAGCGACGAAGACUACAAGGUGGAGAGGAGCAGGAAAAGGAGAAACCGGAACAGGGAAAGACGAAGCUCCGACUCCUCGACCUCCACAGACGAUGACCUACCUCCAAACGACGACCCCUGCAAACACUGUGGCCUCCCCAAUCACCCCGAGCUCAUCUUGCUGUGUGAUUCGUGUGAUAGCGGCUACCACACAGCUUGCCUGAGACCGCCUCUCAUGAUCAUCCCUGAUGGCGAGUGGUUCUGCCCACCGUGUCAGCACAAGCAGCUGUGUGACAGAUUGGAAGAGCAGCUCCAAAACCUCGACGCCGCUUUGAAAAAGAAAGAACGAGCUGAAAGAAGGAAAGAGCGUCUGGUUUAUGUCGGAAUCAGCGUCGAAAACAUCAUCGCGCCUUCGGUGGAAGUAGAGGAAGAAAAGGAGGCGAUAAUAAUAAAAGAGAAGAAAGAAGUGAAGCGAAGCAAGAGCUGGGGUCGGAGAUCUACGAGGGCGAAGAAAGCCAUUAGCUACAGAUUUGACGAGUUUGAUGAGGCUAUUGAAGAGGCCAUUGAAGAGGACAUCAAAGAAGCAGAGGGCGGAGGAGCUGGUCGGGGUAAAGACAUGGCCAACAUCACAGGCCACAGAGGAAAGGACAUAUCCACCAUCCUUCAAGGCGAGGAGGGCAAGGAAAACGGCCGGCCACCGCGAUCCAACGCCGGCCAGCGCCGGAAAAAACGCCGGCGUCUCAACGACCUGGACAGUGACAGCACCGUGGACGAGGAGGAGAGCGAGGACGAGUUUCGCCUCAGCGACAGCUCGGAAGAGGAGGAGUUCGUGGUGUCGGAAAACGAUGCUGAGAGUGAAAGUGAGGCGAACUCCAACGACAGCGACUUCGGCAGCACCGGCAGCAGAGGGCAUCGCAAACCCUCGCGAAAAACGAAAACAUCGAAGCGGCGGAGAAGCGCCCGGCAGCGACGCAGACCCAGAGGGUACUCGGACGAUGAAGAGGACGAGACCGAUGAGGAGGACGAAGAGGAAAUGGUGACUGAAGGCUCCAGUGAGUUCAGCGACAGUGAUCUGGACAUGAGUCGACGGCGGUCUCGGCGGAGUAAGAAGCAGCAGGUUAACUACUGCGAAACGUCCGAGUCCGAGGGCUCUCAGGCAGAAACCAACCGGGACCGACAGAAAUCCCGGCGGCGCCUGGCCAGCUCCGACAGCGAUGCGAGUUUUUCCAAGGACUCCGAGGAGGACUCGAGGGAUCGGAGGAUAAAGAGGAGAGACGACUCCUCUGAGGAAGAUUCCCGGCAGCGGCGCAGACGCCUCGCGCUGAAACGCAGGAGAGCUUCCGAAGAGGACGACGACGACGACGAUGAUGACGACUCGGACGAAUCCGAGGAGGAGGACCGUCCCAUCCGCAAACGGGUGAACCGCAUCGACUCGGACGAUGACGACGAAGAAGAGGAGGCGGAGAAGGAGAAGGAGAAGGAGAAGGAAAGGAAAGGGACAGCUGAGAAAGCAGCAGGAAAAGCGGAGGAAGGCGGCGUUCUGGUCAAGGGAACAAACCCGUUGGACUACAAUCUGGUGGAGUUGCAACCCACCAACGGACAGAGCCCGAUGAAGAGCCUGGAGGGCUUCAUCAACCGGCCCAGCGCCGGCGCAUCAGGCCUCAUCACCCAUCUGGACCCAUCCAAAAACAUCAGCACCACACCAGCUGCUGCCAUCGCACCCAACGGCCUGGUCGCCCAGGAGAUGGCGCCACAGGACGACGACGAGGACGACCUGUUAGGAGUCACAGAUCUAGUGGACUACGUCUGCAAUAACGAACAAUUGUAAAACAAAAUGGUGUACGUUUCAUUUUUUGUGGUAUUGUAUUUUUAUAUUGCUUAACUUUAUUAUUCCCCCCACCCCCCCUCACACCGACACUCCUUUUCCUUUUUUAUUUUUAUUUUUGUGUGUCAUCUGGAGCUCGAUUCUCGUCAAUCCCUCCAACCAGACGAACUGGAUCCCCGUCACCAGCCUGUUGCUCUCCCUGUGGGAUUGUGCGGUGAAUAUGGGCGCCAGAAAAAGAAAAAAAAAUCACUCACAUCGUCAGUCAACGAUCAGAUAAUUUGCAAACCGUAGGAUCAUUCAGCUCUGCCGCUCACCAUCCUCAUCUCCCUGUCCGUUUUUUUUUCUGUCACGUUUUGUUGUCAAAUUAAGGAUUCCUCAAAAAAAAAAAGAAGAAAGGAAUAAAUCUCCCCCAUUUCCCUUCAAAUUCCUAAUGGAGGACGUGCUCUUAGUCUACUUGUAUGGAAAAAUGGCAUCGCAGUGUACAAUAGUAUUGAAUCAUUUAUCGUGUAGAAAAUAUUUGAAGAUUGUCUAUCUGAAUGCUAUCAUUUUUUUUUUUUUUUUUUUUUUUUUAAUUAGGAGUGUGGAAUAUGGCUCUUAUCAAAGUCAUUCCAUAUUUGACCUUCUGGGUAUCUGUUGUUGAAAAUGAAUCAUGGUUUUAAAUUUUUAGCCCCCACCCCCCAUUUUUUUUAAGCUUUCGGCUUUUAAUAUUGAAUUUGUGACGAGACUAUUUAUUCGUUUCUCGACAUGAUCCAGCCCUAAUUGGAUCACGUGUUUGAUAAGCUAAACCCCCCCUCCCUCCCACCCACCGUGUCAGGAACCCCCGACCCGGAUUUUGAGGUAUUUGAAACCCAGCCAGUAUCUUCUCACCAAGAUGACACAUGCAGAUUUGUGUGCACUAACAUCGUAGAUUAAAAAAUAAUCACAUUUUAGAUCAGAAACUGUUCCCUUGGGCUCGCCCAGUUGUUUUUUUUUGUUUUUUUGUUUUUUUGUUUUUUUAAAUUAAUACCCCUGGUAUUUAAUUGUCGUGCUGUCAUAGAUAUACAUAUUCACCUCCUUCCACUAUAUGAAGGUGUGAAUGUAUAGAUGUGACCAACUAGAGUAGACCUUUCCUCCUCACCUCUAAUGUGUGAGCAUGCAACCCCCCCCCCAUCCCAUCCCAACACCUUGUAUUUUAUUUUUCAAAUGUUAGUCUAGCUUUUGUAUAUUGUAUACAUAUAUAAUAAUUUUAAAUGUGUGCUGCCAUCAAUAUCCGUGGUGAAAUUCUCAGUGCUUAAAGGGAUUGAGUAGACAAAAAAAAAAAAAAAAAAAAAAAAUCAGAGAGUAAAAAACACUUCCAGCUUAAUCUGCAAACCUCGCAGCUUCCUGUCCAUCCCAAUAACAACAUCUAGUCUAGUUGCCGGUAACAUUUAUUUGACUUUUUGUGGAUUUUUUUUUUUUUUUUUUUUUUAUUAUUAUUUUCUAAUGUAUUUUUUUGUAUAUCCAAACCUCUAUUUUUGUUGUCUCUUUUAGUGGACGGUAAAGCGGCUCGUUUCCUCUGUACAUUGUCCCUCUCAGCCGGUUCCGACCCUCUCCACUAAAGUAAUAGUCAACUCCAGGACCCCCCCGUUUCGUUUUUGGUUUUCGUUUCUGACGCUAUGCCAUCAGUGUGAAGCAUCGAACACCCUCCCCUGGAUCUUCCCCGCUCAUCACAGAUCUUAUUUUUUCAAUCUUGAGUUCUUCUUCAGGUCAGGUUGUAGGUUAAGGCCUCAAACCAGAUAAAGAGUAUGAAUAAAUAAAUAAAUAAAUGGCUUAUGGGAAAUAACAGUUUUGCAGUGAUUAUAACAGGAUGCCAUAUUUUGCUAGGGGAUAUGGACAAACAACAACAACAACAAAAAAAAAUGACAACAACAAACCAAUGACUUCACUGACCUCUGCUGGAACCAGUCUGUGUGUAUAUCUGUAGUUUUUGCUGUAAUAUAUUUAGAGGCAUUUUUUUUAAUCAUGGAAAAAAAUAUAUUGGGCAAUUCUUUGGGAUUGCAUGAAUUUCUAAUAGUUUUCUUUUUGUAGGGAAGUAAUAUUGGCACAAGUGUUUUUAAUGAAAUCUGAAAACUGGCAUGUUUGAUGGAUGUCUUUUCUCUGUUAUCUCCCGACCUGUUGCAUUUUGGCUGAGGGAAGUGUAUUGUAGACAAGAUAUGUCGUUUGCAGUGAGGCUGCAGAGGUAAGCAUGAGCGCCCCCCCACUUUAAAGGCAUGUAACAGGAGCCUGGGAGCAAUUAAGGAAAAUAAUCAAGGACAAUUGAAUCUGAUUUAGGGAGGGGGGGGGGGGGGUGGGGGAGUGGUUGACACCCAUUUGUGAAAUAUCUUUGUAAAUUACUCUCAGCAUGGUUUUUCACAAAGGACAAACCACUCUUAAUUCUUUGUCUAUCAUGUUUUGAUACUCACUACGGCCAAAAUCUACUACUGCCAAGGCAAAAUGAAGUCCUACGGGUGCUGCUCGCGACACACACCACGUCAGUGUAGGCUUCAAAACAUGUUAUUUUACCUUUUUACGUUGGACAGAUUAUAGCAAACCCAUUUCUGCAAACAGCAAAAACUGAUUUCUGUUUUGGUGGCUUGAGUCGGGUAAAGGAAUCUGGACGUGUGUGUCAUAUUUAACCGUGUUCCUGUUCUCUAUAAAGACUAGCAGAACGGGUUAAUAUAUGUCUCUCCCGGUUAUGAAAUAACCAGUAGCAAGACCUGCAUAGGAAUGAGCAGACGUUUGAAGAGCGGAGUCGUCUAAAUGGAGAAAUAAAGGCCGGGGCGGGAUAAGGGAGGAAAGUCGGUGCCAAUGACUUGAGUGUUGAAGAGUUGCCUAUUUACCUCAUGUUGAAUCUGGGAGGAAAGACAACUUGUCCACUGUUUAUAGAUCCUUGUAGAUUGGUCUUUGGUGUUUCGUCUGCUCCUUACAUUUUUGUUAACUUUACUGUUAUUUCUUAUGAAUCUGAUCUUGUACAUUUGUCAUAAUAAAAUGGGUUUAAGCCUGA